CUUGGCCACCCGCGGCUUUUUUUGAGCGAGCCUCUCAGGAGGCCUUCAAAAUGGCGGCGGGUUAUAUUGCUCCGCCCUACGCCUCCACGAUCGAGGAGGAGGCGAACCUUCAAGAGGUGCGGUACCGAAUCAACUCGCUGAAGAGCCAAAAUGAAGCUCUUAGAGAUGAGAUGAAGCGAGUCAUGAAGGAUAACCACAAGCAGACGGAGAAAGCCUUCUGGGCUCGUCGUCAUACGCAAGAUCUUCAAGACCGAGCGCAGUACAUUCGCAUCGCCACCAUCUCGAAUCCUGCACCAAUCGGGCAGUAUUGCCCGAAGCUGAAAGGGCCGCCUCCUGACGAGUACUACCUGGACCAGAUUGCAAAGGUGCGACAAAAGACGCAGCAGCAGUUGAUGCAAGAGGCGGCACGCCUGAAGGGGCAACAGCUUUCACCGCAGGGCCGCGCCCCGCGUGUGAAGGAGAUCCCUUGCAACUUCUCGCCGGCCAUUGGCACGGAGAGCAGCGUCCAGAAGCUGCGGGACCCGGUGCUCUUGGGCCUGCGAAACCAGACCCAUUGGAACUCCAACCGCAAGUACGGCAAGCUGCCGGAGCUGCUGCCUCGGGACAGCGAGACGCAUGGCUUCAAGGAGCACACCAACAGCUGGAUGGCACGUUCGGGGGAAGCUAGUCCUGCCCGAAAUCGGAACUACGUGUCAAUGAUGACACGUUCAAGGUCUCAGCCUUCUCUGUGAGCAGGGAAUGACCCCGAACGCCAUCCCCGAUUUGUUUUUUUCGUCUAG